AUGAAUUGAAAUUUGCCAUCUAGACAUUAGUUACAUACCUGUUCUGUUGAAGCUUCCGUCAUGAGAUCCUCCAUAGUGUUCACACUGUGUGCAGUGUUCUGUGUCGUCUCCGCUCAUCCUAUGCUGGAUGUCGACAAGGUGAACAAUCGAGUUGUAGGUGGUACCGAUGCUGCUCCCGGUUCGGCUCCGUUCCAGGUUUCUCUGCAAAGCCUGUUUGGACAUUCGUGCGGUGGCUCCAUCAUUGAUCGCCAGUGGGUACUCACGGCAGCUCACUGUGUCCAACUAACAACGCCGAAGCUAAUGAAAGUGCUCGUUGGCACAAACCUUCUCAAUGCCGGUGGCCAACGUUACACAGUGGAGAAGUUUUUCGUCCACAGCCGCUACAACAAACCCAAAUUUCACAACGAUAUCGCACUAGUGAAGUUAAGUUCGGUAUUACAGUUCAAUGAUUUCGUACAACCAAUUGCUUACUCAGAGCAAGAAUUACCGGAAAAUGCCACGCUGACGUUGACCGGUUGGGGUUUGUUAUCCACUGUCGGACCAACGACUAAUAAGCUUCAAACGAUCGAUUUGAAGUAUGUGCCUUAUGAAGAAUGUAAACGCCUUCACGACGCCAACAGUCCAAAUGUCGUUGACGUCGGACAUGUCUGCACAUUGACAAAGAAGGGAGAAGGUGUUUGUUUUGGCGAUUCUGGAGGACCGCUCGUGUAUGAAGGAAAGCUUGUUGGUGUGACGAACUUUGCCGUACCAUGUGCCAAAGGUUUUCCGGAUGGUUACGCCAGAGUGUCAUAUUAUCACGAUUGGAUUCGCACAACGCUAGCGAAUAACUCUUAG